CGCAGAACAAGCUUUCACCUCACUUUAAGUCACACUUCGCUUUUCUGACCAUUGGAGCAAUUCUCGAGAACUCAAUUAGGAAGACGAUGGCGGGAAGGUUGGCGUUCAGUCAUGCACAGAAAGCGCAAGCGGCAUCAGCCUAUCGAAACUUGAUCCGCUCCUCGAAAUUCACCUUUGACUCGGAUCCACAAACCUACCGGCAGUUCCUCGUCCGAGCGAAAGAGCUCUUCUCGACGAAAGUGCUGAACCCAACCUAUCUCCUUACAAGCCACGCGGAUCCGAAGGUCGCUGCCUCAGCAAGUAAUGUCCCAGAGGAGGUCGUGAUGCGGGAGAGAUUCGAGGACGAGCUCCGGGGUGUCCUCGAACUCUCGAAAUAUUUGACCCGGAAUAUCGUCCAGGGGAAGCACUCCGAGGAUGGAAGACGAUUGGUUCUGAGAUUCACCGACAAGACAGAGGUCGGCGAUAACUCGACGAUCAAGAACCCCGGAUCCACUGCCGCCUGCUUACCCACUUCGGGAUGUUGCGGAGGCUCACACGACUCCCCGUCCACAACACCUGACCCUCCUCCCUCACGGCUCAGUCAAGCCGCACUGGAAAGACGGGAAAAAAGGAGACUCAAUAGACUUCAACAAUCUUCAUCAUCGUAAACAAAAGUCCGUACAUCGUCUCAUGUUUUUUUAAGAUUCAAAUGUUCUUCUUUGAUCACUCAACUUGUGAAUUUUGGAAACUAUACAUAAAUAUUUUUUGAUUCCUUCGUCCGUUCACCUGCUCUUUUCAUCCUCACCGAAAACCCCACGUUUCAGUUUGUUUAAUCUUGUUAAGAAUUCGCAUUGCUUGUCUCCAAUAGACCCUCUCCGUCACUCUACCCUAUUUCAUAGUAAAUAAUACCGGAAAACUUUAAUAUUGUUAGUGUCGAAUAUGCAUGGUCCUUCCCGCGCUCGAAUGAAGGAUUUACCAAGACGGCCGGCUGACCCUGACCAUGAGAUGAUCAGGAGAUGGUAAAGCUACAACGACAUGACAAAGAGAACAGCGUGAGUGGAUAAGUUGACCAUGAAUGUACCCACAUGGAUGUUUGAACAGGACUUAGGGGCGCAGACGUACCCCCAUGGAUGUUUGAACAGGAC